AUGGAUUUGCACUCAAAAGCAUGUUCGACUUAUCUCACUCAGCUUUAUGACUUCAUCUUCAGCUUCCACGCUCAUGACCCACAUGUGAAAUGGGACACUUCACUUGACCUCAGUUGUGGAACCAGACAAGUGACCCUCGAGCUCAUCCCACACUUCAUGCACAUCAUCAGCACAGACCCCUCAUCGUGCAUGAUUGCACAGGCCAUCAAAUCCCUCCACUCUCACUCACACCUGAAGGCAUGUGUGCAUUUUGUGCAGAGCAUGGUGAAGGAGCUGGGAUGGCUGGGGGAUGGGAGUGUUGACAUUAUCAUAUCUGUGCAAGCUGUGCAUUGGUUUGACUGGAUGAGGCUCUGGCCUGAGGUGGCACAUGUGCUCCAUCCUGGAGAGAGCUUUGCUGCACGGAUGCAUCUUGGCUACUCACAGUUCUGGCUUAUGCAUCACCCCUCAUGUAUGCCACUCAUCCAUGCCUACUUACAGGACAUGCAUGCGCUCAGACCAUACUGGAAGUGCCUAGGAUAA